AUGAAACUGCUACUGGAGCUCACUUCAGCGUGGUCGAAGGUCGAGAGUGGUGCAAAGGAAGCAGGCAGCACUCCCGCAAAGGAGCUCGACUUGAAUAGUGAAUUGGAUGGCAGGUUAUCUCAACUUCUCAUGCUUUCCCUUAAUGAUGAUAAGAUUGCAGAAUUUGGCGCUAUGGACGUAGAAAUGGAGCAUGUUGAGGACGAGGAUGAGACCAGCUUCCUGUCGUUCUUGACGAUCGACAAUUGGAAGGAGGUCGAGCACCCGCUCGAGGCGCAUGCAUCUUUUCGGUUCGCGUACAGGGCAAUACUCGAUGCUUAUGAAAUUGAAAAAAAUCAACCUGAAAUUCCACCCGACUCGGCUUUUGCCAACCUUUGCUUGAAAUGA